AUGUUACAAUGGUUGCCUCCCAAGCAGUACUACCAUCGGAUGAAGAGGUUGAUGGAUGUGUACCAAGUCAAGGACUUACCCAAGUUCGCUGAUUUGUUAUUCUUGCUGCAGAGAGCGGUCGACCCGAGCGUUCUUACGAUGAUCUUGUUGCAGAAGCGCAUUGCGGUCCUUGAGGGGAUGCUGGGUGUGGCACCUGAUGAAACAACCUUCGAGUCUUAUAUGGACAGUUUGCAGCAUAUGCAGGGACCCGCAGACAGUGAUGAGUGGGCACCGGUUAUUUUGGAGAGGAGACGAUUGACCGGGGCUGCAGAUAACGAAGCAGCGAGGCAGGCCCAGAGUUUAAAGGAUAAGCUCAUCAACCAGCAGAAGAGGGCAGCGGCAGCAGCAACGCUUGCGACGACAAGUGGAACGCGUGUCGGGGGGACUACUGGUGGUAGCAUCAACCAAGUUCCUACAGCGGGUGAUAGUUCGGUCCAGAAGGGGAAUGCUGGAUUCGGCGGUCAACGUGGCGCCUUCGGUAAUGGUAGUGGUUCUGGUGCGCCUAGAGGUCGAGGAGGUAGUCAUGGUCGUGGAGGUUACAAGAGGAACUUCAACCGUGGACACCAUCCUUAUCCUGGCAGAGGAAACAGCAAUGGUGGAAACAAGCAGUGA